AUGGAAAGUGCACCGUCCUCAUCAGGUGAAAGAAUACGAUUAAACCUUGGUGGAACAAUUUUUGAGACCACACUUACGACACUCACGAAAAUCGAAGGCACUGUGCUUUCUACAAUGGUUGCCAAACGUUGGCGAGGUCAUGGUGAACUAUUCAUCGAUCGAGACCCUACCCACUUUUCCAAGAUUUUGAACUACUUGCGAGAUGGAGACGAGUUCAACGUUCCGUUGGAUAGAGAUGUAUGUGACGAGCUACGUAGAGAGGCGCAGUUUUACAACCUACCUGGGCUAGUCGAAAUGUGCUUGCCUCAAGUACUUAACGUCGGUGAUGAGGUUCAGUGGAAAAAGGAUGCGGUUGGUCUCUAUUGGAGAUGCUUCGUUAGGUAUAUGGUAGAUGACUCUCUCACACUGCCAUUCAUAUACGACAGAAAUAAUCACACGCUGGCUAGGUGUAUCGGUUGUGAGGAAUACCAGGAUCUGAAGUGUUCGUACCAUUACGACAUCAACUACGAGGACUGGGAACCGAUGAAACACCACAUGCUGCUCAUGCGAGGCGAAAUUAUUCAGCUAAUGGGCGAUCAGUGUUGCAUUGUUUCGUGGGACAACGGCCAACAGAUUCAUCUUCCGAAAUCGGCCAUCCACAAAGCUGAUCCUAUUUGA